AUGACAAUUUCUUAUACUUUGGACGUUUCGCAGACGAAUUUUCAGAGUUUUUUCACACUUUUGUUGAGAUGGCGGGGAAGUGUUUGGAAGGUUUGUUACUGUAGCUACAGUAAUUCAGGUUACUGUAUCUUUUGUAUACAAAAAAAACAAAAACAUCUGGAGAAUUUUUGUUUAUUUCUGAUUUUUUGAGAAUUUCGCAAUUUUUUAUAAUAAACAAAUGUUCUGCAAAAGUGCCACGUGGCAAAAACUUGCAAAAAUAAUGUUAGGGAAACUUUUCAUAUGAAUUGAAAUGUUGACCAUUCCACGUGGCAAAUCGAAUUUUCAUUCUCAAUUUCUAUGAUGUUUUUUGCUCUCAAAUUGUUCCAAAAAUACACAUCUUCCCCCAGGCGGAAUAAAUUAGCAUCAACAUCAAAACACACAAGAUCUUUGACAUAAUAUAAUCAGAUUCUCUGUUAUGAAGCCCUAGGAUUUUCAAAUUCUUUGUCAAAAAUUGAAAUAUCUUGACAUAAAACAGUAUUUCAGGCGGUCUUUGGUCAAUUAUCAGUUUGGACCCUCACAUUUCUUCUAAUCAGUUGUAUCUAUCGAUAUGUGCUAACUCCAACUCAGCAAACAGUUUUUGAGCAACUCGUCAAAUAUUUUGACAAUAAACUCGAUGCCAAUAUUCCCCUAACAUUUCUUCUCGGUUUUUUUGUCUCAUUUGUUGUCGCAAGAUGGGGUUCAAUUCUAAACGGAAUCGGUUGGAUUGAUGAUGCAUCACUGCUUUUUGCGACUUAUAUUCGUGGCAGCGACGAGGAAACGCGAAUUAUUCGCCGAAAUCUGGUGAGAUAUUUGGUUUUGUCGCAAGCGUUGGUGUUGCGCGAUAUUUCGAUGCAGGUUCGCAAGCGAUUCCCAACUAUGGAUACUCUGGCUGCAUCGGGUUUGAUGACUCAUGAGGAGAUGGAGAUUCUUGAUCAUAUCAAGGAUCCAUACAGCAGGUAAGAAGACUCUAAAAUUAUUUCUUCUAGAAUAUGAGCUACUGUAACCAAAAAUAACUAUAAUUUUUCAAGUUACAAAUAGAUUUUUCUUCAGAUAUUGGACAUCAAUUCAAUGGAGUUUAAACGCGGUUUAUGAUUGUCACAAAAAAGGGACAGUUGAGAGUUAUUAUUUGAUGAAUAAAAUUGUUGAUGAAAUCAGCAAAUUCCGUCACGGUUUGGCAAGUUUGUUAAAAUACGACUGGGUUCCUGUUCCUCUUGUCUACCCGCAAGUCAUUUUUCUCGCCGUUCGAAUUUAUUUUAUGAUUUGUCUUAUUGGUAGACAAUUUAUUGUUACCGGUCCAAAUCCAUCGGGAAUCGAUUUAUGGUUACCUAUUACCACAAUGGUACAAUUUAUUGUGUAUAUGGGAUGGAUGAAAGUUGCUGAAGCUCUUUUAAAUCCUCUUGGUGAAGAUGACGAUGAUUUGGAAUGUAAUUAUAUUAUUGAUAAGAAUCUUAUCGUAAGUUAUUGUAUUGUAAUAUUCUAUUGGUAGAUUUUUUGCAUGUUUUGUAGCUUUUGUAUCCUCCUAAGUUUUUGAUGUUGUUUUAGACCGGUCUGUCGAUUGUAGACACUCUGUGGAAGCAAGAUUCUGAUGAUGUGAGUAUUUGAUUUUAGUUUUUUUCGAUGUUUUCUUCAUCUUUCUGAAAAAAAGUUAUCCUAACUGUAAUGAGUUUCUAGACGGGUUAUUCGAUGGUUGAAGAACAUAUGGCAAAGACGCCAACAAUGAAAAAGGAUGAAUUCUGGGGAAUUGAUAAAAUUGCACCUUUGUAUUCUAUGGAAUCUGCAGAAAGAUCAGUACAUCCAUUGGUCGGAAGUGCCAGCAAGAUUAAGUGAGUCCUUUAUGAUUCUGGAAAUAGAUGUUAAAUACGUGAAAAAUCUUCAUUUUCCUAAUUAAUCAAGUGAUAUCAAAAUUCCCCAGUCAAAAAAUCGUUCCGAUAUUUGAACUCAAUCAUGUAUUUGUAGCCUGGUAAAAUCGAAAAAAGAGAUUGUUAUGACGCCACACAAAAACAAAUUGAGCGAAUUGGACCCGUCUGAGCAAAAAACAUAUCUGCGUCGUGUAAAUGUAGCCGAUCACAAUGCGAAACACAAAAAACAACGAAGUAUUGAGCGAGCGAAUUCACCUGAUAAAUGUUUGAAUCGAGUUAGAAGUCGGUCAAAGUGAGUUUUUCGAGUUUUGAGCAGUUGCGAAAUUUUAAAGGGACAUCUAACACAAUUAAAAAAAUAACAAAAAAGUCUUCAGGUCUGAAUUACAAUACAUACAAUUUUAUGAAAAGUAAGUAGAUUGUCGUGGUGUGUGAAAGUAUUCAAUUUUUUAGAUUUUUAUUGAAACCGGUUGAAAAAAAAAUUGGUUAAAAAAAGUGUUGAUUACUGUACAAUGUUUCGGAGACCAAAAACUUUUAGCCGGUUUUGAUUGUGAGAAAACAGUUUUGUAAGAAGUCCAACUAAAAACAAUUCCAGCGGAAAAUUCCGAACACAUUCAACAACAAAUGGUGGAUCUCAAAAUGGUGUAGAUCUUUGGACGAGAUCAGGUAAUUUUUAAUUUUUGUUUUUAGAUUACAAAAAUCAGGCUUUCACAUGAUUCAACUAACAUUUAGGAAGUAUCAUCUGAUUGUUUUUUUUUCAAAAAAAAAAAUUUGAUUUGUGUUUUCUCUAUUUGCUCAACGUGAGUUUCACCAACACUUCUCUGAUUCUGAUCCUGAUUGUAUUUGUACAGUAACCAACCCGGGAGUACUGUAAGCUUAUGUACCCUACCCCCGAUUUGUUAUUAUUAUCAUGUGUUGUUUUACUAACAAAUUUUUCCGGGAUAAACCUAACCAUAAUGUUUUUGCAUGAAAAAAAUGGGUAGUUUCUUGAGAUUUUCAAAAUUUCAGAAUCAUCGAAUAAUUCUCAACCAAAUCAAGUGCAUCCACACUCAAUCACCAUUUUUCCGACUGAUGAACUUCCUUGA